GUCAAUAUUCCAUCCGCCUCUCACCAACAACGGCGCAGUGACCCUGCGUGGGCGCGAUGAUCUAUAAGCUCCGGAAGACUCACUUUGAGGUGGGUACUGGCUCGAAAAAAGGAGCGAGCAUCAUAUGGCGGCUCUUUCGCCUGUGCGACCCCUGUUUGCGUGCUUUCGUCGGCUACGUUCGUAAGUUCCUCGGUCACCUCACGACGUAUUUCUCUAGCUUUCACUUCAUCAGAUUCGAACGCUGAGAUUCAACUUCAAAAAAGCAUCGACCACUCCGUCUUUAUAUCAUAUAAUCCAACGUAAAGCGAAUGGCAAGUCGCAACAGGACACGCGUCGGAAAUCCUGUCGAACCUUUGCCUUCGCCUACAGGCUCUCUGUCUUCGCCGGCUGCUGCUUCGCAGGCAAUGUCGCUGUCGGGCAGCUCUCCCGUCGCAAUCAUACUAACAAUUGUUGGGAUCGCGGUGACGGAUAGUUUGAAGCUGGGCUUCCUCUUUUCGGGAGACGCCGUGCUCCGAAUCGAUAUGGCCCUGGUGGCGAAGACGACUGCUGGCCGCUGCGCCAGUCUCAGGUGCUGACGUCGCAGUAAAGGCGAGCUGGAUGUUCGUUGGAGGAUGAAGCCACGUGUUCAACCCCUCCCCCU